GUGUAACAUAUAAAAGCUGUUAGCAGCUCCUGUGGCCAGAAGUUUCAAAAGUAGCAUAGUUUUGUUCUUUGGAGGUUUAUAAUAGGAGACACUCCUUCACAAAGGUUCAUAUAGGAGAGUGCUAUAUAUACUGGGAGAACAAUAGACUGUAUUCUUUUUUUUUCUUGGUAUUAUACAGAGAUUUGUUUUCUACUGCCCUGACUUAAAGCAGAGUACCUCUGUGGCCUAUCCUUCUUCUUUGGCCCCAAAAUGACAGUAAUCACUGCAAUCAGUUGUGCUUUCUUAUUUUCCAUUCUCUGUGAAACAAGUGCAUUAGUGUUACCCAACUCCACUGACCUGCUCCUCUCAGACGUUAAUUUUACUGACAUUGAGACAGCUUUGGCAGCUCAUCUGGACUCUGCAAAAAUUCCCAAAGCCAGGCGGAAGCGCUACAUUUCACAGAAUGAUAUGAUUGCCAUUCUUGAUUAUCAUAAUCAAGUCAGAGGCAAAGUCUUCCCACCUGCUUCCAACAUGGAAUAUAUGGUUUGGGAUGAAACUCUUGCCAAAUCUGCAGAGGCUUGGGCUGCUACAUGCAUUUGGGACCAUGGACCUUCCUACUUGCUAAGAUUCUUGGGCCAGAACCUAUCUGUAAGAACUGGAAGGUAUCGAUCUAUUCUCCAGCUGGUAAAGCCAUGGUACGAUGAGGUGAAGGAUUAUGCUUUCCCUUACCCUCAGGACUGCAAUCCCAGGUGCCCCAUGCGAUGUUACGGACCCAUGUGCACCCAUUACACACAGAUGGUUUGGGCCACUUCCAAUCGUAUAGGCUGCGCAAUCCACACAUGCCACAAUAUGAACGUCUGGGGAUCUGUUUGGCGACGAGCUGUUUACUUGGUAUGCAACUAUGCACCAAACUUGACCUCUUGUGCUUUUUCUGCUGGCUGCUCCUUCAUUCUAACUUUACAUCUGAGCAUACAAAAAAUGCAUGACUUUGGUAUACAAGGAAGAAAAGGAAAUAACUUGAUGGGUAUGGAACAAGCCCAAACCCUUUCUUUUCUGGAUUAUUAUUAUCAUCAUCAUCAUCAUCUUCCUUCUUUAUGCUGACUCCACUUCACUUUCAAUUCCUUAUUUGUUUAUUCUGUUAAAUAUAAUCAUGGUGACCUAGUCUUCUUCAGGUGAGCAAUCCCACUGUAGUUCAGACCCUUGAUAUACUGUGAACAUUUGUUCUUGCCCACAAGAUGCUUUUGCUUAUGACCAUGCUGUGUAAGGGUAUCCAUAGCAUGGGUUUCCUACAAAGUCCAUCUAACUAAGCUCAGUGUCUCCAAAUCUCAUCUUGCCUUCAUGUUAGGGUCCUUCAAAGGAAGCCAUAGGCAGCCCUGUAUCAAGUAGCUGUGCAGACAUGUGAUAGGUUGAAGUGAAGAAAAUAAUUUUCCCCCAGCAUUUCCUAGACAUCAUCCCAAACUUACAUCUGGGUACAUACAAGAUCAGUAAUGUGGCUCUGAGAAAGGUUCAGUUUGAGUUCUGGUUUGGACCAUUGCUUCAUAAGCAGCAUGGGCAAUGUAAAUGGCUGUUUUCUCUGACUCUAUAUUAGGCAGAGCCAUAGUUCUGUACAGAAAUCUAAGUAUAAUUAAUUGAGCAUGUUUUCCAUAAACUCACAGUGGCACAGGUCCAUUUGUGGUAAAGAGCAUGCAAGAAUAUGUCAUUAUUCUAGCUGUUACAUGAGUAAAAGGAUUUUUAAAGAUUCUGCAACUUAAAAAAAAAAGAUAGGAUUUAGUAAGAAAACUGAAUUCAGGGAAAAUGGCCUGUGGGAAUCAAAAAGAUUUCUCUGUAAUUUUGUCUUUAAUAUCUAGUAGAAAAGGGUGAUAAGAAAUGAAUAU